ACUAUCUUAAUAUAAUACUUGUGUGUAAAAUACAUAAAAUGGUCUACGAGUAUACUAUAAUUAUUUUUUUAUUAAAGCAGGAUAAAGUUAGAAAAUCUUUACAUGAAAUGCAGCACUCAACUACCGAUAAAGAAACUGUAGUUGGUGCUGACAGAAUGAUCAAAUCGGCCCCGGUUAGGCUAUCAGAGAAAAUGAACACUAAAUUGAGGUCAGGAUAUAUAACUAUGGAACAAAAAGAAACACUAGUUGAAUUGAUGAAACAAAAUUCGGAGUUAAAAUCAAGCAAAUUUUCUUCAACAUUUACAACAAAGGAUGCACAAAGAAUGUGGAUAGCACUCGCUGAAGAACUACAUAAAAUACCCAACGGAGCUAUAAAAGAUUGGAAACAAUGGAGAAAGACUUGGCAAGAUCUGUGUUCAAAAACAAAAGCAAAACAUAGUCAAAUAAGUAAAUACAUGAAAGGAACAGGUGGUGGCCCUGCUUUAUUACCUUCGGAGCAAUUAACAUCUACGGAACAGCAGGUUUUGGAAACAAUUAAUGCAACAGCAAUUAGUGGCCUUGAUAAUAUUGCAGAAACGGAAGCAGUAUUUGAAUAUGAAGGUGUAGAAUACUUGGAUGAGUAUCAAGAAAUAUCAGAUUCUGAAGGUCCUGAAGCAACGGUUGUGGAGGCAAUGAGUACGAAUAAUAAUGAGGCUACAACGUGCAAUAUGCAAAAUUCUUCUACAAAGAAUCAAAUAAUGAUUGUCGUAAAUAAAGAAAAUAAAGUAAUGGCUAUUAAUAACAAAGAAAAUAGAAAUAAAAUCGUUAAAAAUACACCUAUGACAGAGAGGAACACAAAAACAUGUAACACAAAACAAGGACAUAUUAAACAAAAUGAACCACACAAACAAACAGUAGCAAGCCAUAGAUUUGAAAAAACAAUGGAAUAUACUAAUGAUUUAGUAGGCCUAACAGCAAAAGAUCAGCAGAUGAGAAAGAAAUAUUAUAGGAAAAAAUUAAAAUUAAUGUUAAGAGAUGUAACAGUAAAAGAAAGAAUGGCAACUGCAUUAGAAAAUAUAUCUAAUGUUUAUCCGUUUAUAAAAGACUAAUUUUCAAGUUGUGA